AUCUUUCAAUGUGAGUAUAUAAACACAUCGUCGUCAUAUCAGUACGUAAACUAAAAAAAAAACUCUAAGAGUGGGUACUAAAACAGAGUAAAAAUGCGUGGGAAUGAGACUCCAGAGCUUCCGAUCAUCAACCUUUCUGACAAGAACAUGAAACCGGACACAAAGAUCUGGAACUCAACGAGAGACAGCGUCCGUGAAGCCAUGGAGCAUCAUGGAUGGUUCGUGGCGGAAUACAACAACUUUCCAACAGAACUUCAUCAGUCUAUUUUGGAGGCCGCUAAGGAAGUACUUGAUCUUCCUCAGCAAACCAAGAUGAAGAACGAGAACCACAAGGCCGGACACGGCUACAUCACCAUGAUGUCAGAUGGUCAGCUCGUUCAUGAAGGCCUCGGUGUUGACCAAGUCAACGAUGUUCAACAGUGCCGCCGAUUCUCUCGUCUUAUGUGGCCUGAUCAUCAUGACAACGACCGUUUCUGUGAAACCAUUCAUGCAUAUGGGAAAAUGCAAGCGGACCUCGAGCAACUUGUGAUAAGGAUGCUCUUCGAGAGCUAUAACUUGGAGAAGGACGCAGAGAAACACAUAGAAGGAACACGGUACCUUCUUCGCUUGUUAAAAUACAGGAGACUUCCUAAUGGAGAACCCAACAGGAAGUUCAUAUCUCAUACGGACAAGAGCUUCGUCUCCAUCCUCCAUCAGAACCACAUAACCGGACUCAUGUUGAAAUCCGAUAAAGAGGAUGUUUGGUAUCCUUUUACCCCUUCACCAACCCGGUUUGUUGUUAUAGCAGGCGAUGCCAUCAUGGCGUGGAGCAACGACAGAAUCAAGGCGUGUUAUCACAAGGUUGAGAUGGAGAGCGUGGAAAUGAGGUAUUCGUUAGGGUUCUUUUCGUUCCAAGAAGGAACCAUAUCGACACCAGAGGAGAUGGUGGACAAGGACCAUCCUUUAGCGUACAAACCAUUUCGUCAUGAUGGACUUCUUGAGUACUAUGAGACAUUGGAGGCUCAUCUCAAGGCUCACCGUACCAUGACCAAGGUCUACUGUGGUAUCCCACUCUGAUCAUUUUCCCACCAAAACCUAUACCCUUUUGUAAUAUGCACUUAUCAUGUAUUUGAAACUAAAUAGUGUGUUUUAGACCUCUUUCUUCUUUGGUUCCUUCCUUGAAUAAAACUCAAAUGAGUCGACAAAGGUUACGGUUUAGUCCUUUUUCCUCUUUCUGUUCGGUUAUAUAACAAAAAUGCUAGUAUAUUUGUCCUUGCUUGCCUAUAUAGUAGGCCUUGUUUAUAUUA